CAUGGUGAAACUAAAGAUUGCUUUGGAUUACUCAUGGACGAAGAUGAAGCAAUUGUGUCUGACUGGGAAGAAGUUGUAGAAAACAUCCAUGAGAUGAAUUUAAAUGAUGAAUUGUUGCGUGGCAUCUAUGAAUAUGGUUUUGAAAAGCCUACAGCUAUUCAACAGCGCGCUAUUUCGCAAUGCAUCAAGGGGCAUGAUGUUAUUGUCCAGGCACAAUCUGGUACUGGAAAGAUAACUGCUGUGUUGAUUUCAAUCCUCCAACAAAUAAAUACUAGUUUGAACAAGUGUCAAGCCCUCAUUAUGGUACCUUCAUUUGAGAUUGCUCAUCAGAUUCAAAAUGUGCUUAAUGUGUUGGGUAAAUUCAUGAAAGCAGAAUGUUGUGCUUGCACUGGCUUAAAGAACGUCUACGAUUAUGUACGUGAGCUGAAUACUUUCCCCCAUGUAGUGGUUGGGACUCCUUCUUGUGUUCAUGAUUUAAUUAAUAAAUGUCUUUUACGGAGUAAAUUUAUCAAUAUAUUUGUAUUGGUGGAACCUAAUUUAUUGUUUUAUCGAGGUAGUAAAGUUCAAAUUGUAAAGGUGUUCAAGUCCCUAGAAGAAAAUACCCAGGUUAUUUUAUUAUCUAGUCAAAUGUAUAAAAAAGCUUUAGAUGAGAGCACUCAAUUUGUGAGUAAUCCGGCACUCAUUAUUAUGCAGAAAGAAGAACUAACACUGGAAGCUUUCAAACAAUUUUACAUCAACAAUUCUCAGAAAAUUGAGACUCUCAAUGGACGUUCCAGCAAAUCUAUUAACUACGUUCUGUACUCAGAACCACCUAAGAUGGAUGUUGGUGGGACUAUUGACUCUGACUGGAAUGUUGUGGUAGAUAACUUUCAUGACAUGAAUUUAAAAGAAGAAUUGUUGCGUGGUAUUUAUCAAUAUGGUUUUGAAAAGCCAUCCUCUACUCAACUGCGUAUUUUUUUGUCAUGCAUUAUGGGACAUGACAUUAUUGUUCAGACUCAAUCUGGUGUUGGAAAGACAACUGCUGUGGUGAUUUCAAUUCUUCAACAAAUAGAUACUAGUUUGAACGAGUGCCAAGCACUCAUACUGGUUCCGUCAGUUGAGUUGGCUCGCCAGAUUCAAAAGGUGGUUAUUGAUUUGGGUAAAUUCAUAAAUGCAGAUUGUCAUGCUUGCAUUGGUAUUGAACAGUAUUGUGGUUAUAUUCAAGAGCCAUAUACUGUCUCCCAUAUCGUGGUUGGGACACCAGCCUGUGUUUCUGAUUUGAUUUGUAGAAAAUCACUAAGAACUCAAUUUAUCGAGACAUUUAUGUUGGAGGAACCUAAUAAACUGUUGUCUGGGAGUAUCAACAUUCAUAUCGAAAAGAUCAUAGGAUCCCUUGAUAAAGGUACUCAGGUGAUAUUAUUAUCUAAUCAAAUGUCCGAAAAAUCUUUUUAUGAGAGCUCUUACUUCAUGAGUAAUCCAGUACACAUUUUUAUGCAGAAAGAUGUAUUAACAUUGGAUUCCAAUUUGGAAGGCAUAAAACAUUUUUUUGUCAACUUCACCAUGGAAGAAUGUAAAUUUGACAGUUUAUGCAAUUUGUUUGAUACUCUAAGUAUUACCCAGGUUGUGAUAUUUUGUAACACAUGCUAUAAAGUAGAGUGUUUGACUGAGAGUAUGCGUUUGAAAAGAUUCAACGUAUCGGCUAUGCAUCGAGAAAUGGAUCGUCA